UUGAACUAAAUUGUAUUUUGUGUAAUAUUUAGAAAUUUAAAGUUUGCAAAAAUUGUGUAUCCACUGAAAAUGGAAAUCGAAUCCAAAGACGCAUCGCGUAGAGCAACCGCCGUGGGACUCUUGCAACCGGAUCUUAAGCCAUGGCAACGUCUCGACUGGCCGUCCGCGAUGCAGACGCGCAUCUUUAAGAACUGGGGUCAGUACUACGCGCAGCGACUGCUCACCGGCCAGGCACUGAAGCAGUACGAUGAGGCAUUAGCGCUCUGCGAGCUGCAGCAGGAGGAGAACAUUGCCAUGGGCAACUUGCACUCCACAGCUCUCGCUGUGCGCUUGGGCCGUCAGCACUAUACGACGCUCUCGCUCCGUAGCAAAUGCAAAAGGACCGCAGCGUAUAUGGAGGAUGGAUGGCUGGACGCGGCACAGGCUUGUGCUGAAAUGAGAGAACUCGGUGACACGAACGUGAAUCUCGUUUUGGAUAAGUGCGAUGCAAUCUAUGACUGCGGCAGAUCCGAGGAGUAUAUGCGCUGUCUGGCGGUGGAGGGUAACAAAUUUCAAGGCAGAAAAAUUCAAAAUCGCUUUCGCUUGCGCAGCCUUUGUGCUCACGCUGCGCUUUCGGAAAGCGUUGGCGAAAGUCUAAACACGUUUUUGCUAAGAAACUGGCCGGUGGUAGCGCAAGUGGCGCAGCAACGACUGCGAGACGCCGAAACGACGACAGAGUCGCAAACAAUGUGGGAGCAGCUGAAGAACAAAACCCUGUGCGACGUUGAGAGUGUGCAGGAGAAGGAGUCGCUCUCAUUGUCGCCACUGGAGCAAGCCAGGCGCCGCAACACCGAAUACAUUUACAACUACACGUAUAUGCGUAACAGCGCUGCCGACAUUACGCUGCUGCGGCAGCUGCGUUCGGACAAGAACUUUCUCAAUCCAUUGCAGCCAGCCCAGACGCCCCAAAUGUAUCAAUACACCACCGAACAGUAUACAAAUAUACGCAAGUUUAUGAAAAUUAUGCAUGCCCGUCGUCCGCUCUACUAUUGCAUGCAGGAGAAGUGUCUGAGCAAGCGGCUGUGUGAGCAGAAUCGUGAGCAUCGACUGCAUCACAUUGCGUACCAGACGCGUCGGGAUUGCCAUCGCAUAUUGCGGGAAACGCAUCGACUGCGCGCCGAGGGGAACGUUGAUCGGCUGACCAAUUAUAUAGAUCGGGUCAUGACUGAGAGCAUUGAACUAAAAACCCUGCGAAUUUUGCCUUGGAAAUUUGAGUUUCUGAACGAGGUCUAUAAUAUACUGGGCAUGGCGCAUAUCGAUAAAUGCGCCGUGCCCGGUAAUUUGGACUAUACAAAUAAUGCAAAUAACGAUAAGCUCUACUUGCUGCGAUCGGAGCGGCAGAAGAGCUUAACAGUUUCGGCUGGAUUUGGUAUGCCGAAUGUGUACGAAGAGAUGCAGACCACUGAGAAUCAACAAAAUAUACUAGCGCGAAAGGCUGAGCGACUUAACGAUCGAUUGCGACACUCACAUUAUGCCAUAGAACGAGCCUAUUUGCUAUUCGAGAUUGCGCGCUGUCACUUCAAGGAGUCGCGAUUCCACAAGUGCGUGGUCAUGGCCAGCAAAUCGGUGCAGGAGGCACGUUCUUGCCACAGUCUGGUGUGGCGCUUCAAUAGCACGUUUCUCAUCUGUCAGGUGCAUGCAACAUUCAAUCGGUUCGAGCGGCUGAAGGAGCAGCUGGCGCAGGCCAUACGCCUGGCCACCAUGCUGAGGAACAAGAAGCUAAUCGCGUAUCUCAUGCUCUGCAACACGGCCAACAACAACGAGCUAAUGUCGCAUCAGCGGCAUCAAAUGCUGUUCAGCAUGCGCGCCCUGCAGCGCCGGCGCACGCGGCGCCAAUCCAGCGAAUCCCCAGGCAAUGAGCUACCCCAGGAGCUCAUCGAUAGCGCUGCAAUGAAUGCCAACUGGUAACAACAGCAGCAGCAGCAGCAACUGUUGCAAGCAAACAACAACAAGUGUUGCUUGUAGCUGUUGCUGCUGUUGCUUUUGCUUUUGAAGUGUUUUAUGUUUUAUUUUUUUAUUAUGAACAAACUCUCGUAUGCGUUUAGCUGUAACUCUAAUAGCAAUAAAUAACUACAGGUAUUAAUUAACAAGCGA